AUGAACUCCAUCGAGCCAUACGAGAGGCUUUACAGCACGGUGUUCCAUACUCUGCGAAAGAUCUGCGUCAAGCACGGAAUCCUCCCAACAUCACUUUCCGCCUCGACUCGAGACUUGUACAUCGUGAACGAUGGACCGGAGGCUUUCGGUGGCUUCGCAGAAGUCUGGCGAGGCCACCUCAGAGGGCAAGAAGUAGGCGUGAAGGUAAUCAAGAUCGCCGUAAAGGGGUCCGCUGACUCGGUUCUGAAGAGCUUCUGUCGAGAAGCAAUCACCUGGAAGCGACUCUCUCACACUCGCAUCGUUCCAUUCUUUGGUAUCGAUAAGCGACGCUUUCCACUCAGCAUGGUAUGCAAGUGGAUGGUCGGUGGUGAUGUCACAUCGUUUUUGAAAGACAACCCUAAUGAAAACCGUCCCCACCUGGUCCUCGACAUUGCCCACGGAUUGGAAUAUCUUCAUUCAAAUGCUGUGGGCAUAGUACAUGGAGAUCUGAAGGGUGCAAACAUCUUGAUCGAUGAGAACAGGCGCGCCUGUCUCUCAGAUUUCGGUCUAACGACCAUUCUCUACCGGCCGGAGACGAUUCACGUAGUGACGAAUGUAUCCGUGUUUGCAUCAACGGCACGGUGGAUGGCACCGGAACUCCAUGACCCCGACAAGUUCGGUCUUGAACAUGGAAACCCAACGAAGGAGAGCGACGUUUACUCUUUUUCAAUGGUCAUGUGGGAGCUCUUCACAGGUCGUUUCCCAUACGAUGAAAGUCGAAUGGAUGCACAAGUUCUCCACAAGGUGCUCAUGGGAAAGCGACCACUGCGACCAGCAGAUGCGACCUCUCUUGGUCUAUCGACCGAGGUAUGGGAAAUCAUGGAGAAGUGCUGGAGGGAGGAUCGCCGGAAGCGUCCGCGCAUACACUUCAUACUUCAAGACCUG